AUGGCAGGCGAGAGGGUCGUCAGAGUUGCAUUGGGUUGCACCAGAUACCAAGCACAUAGCCGAAACAAGCUAGCUGGCUGGCAGGAAAGGAGUGUUUGCAAACGUCGAGCCUCCAGCGAGAAUUGCGGGGGAACCAACAACCUGGAAGUCUCAUUAGGGUCGGAAAUGGCGUUCAAGUUCUGCAAUCCACAACCUCACACCACGGCGAGAGCGAACAGGGACAGACCUGGAUGGACAGACAGCCUGUCAAAGAAAAUGGCCGGUCUGCGGCGAGCCGAGGAUUUCUGGUGGAAAAUCUGGAAGGCCGCCGAGCCUGUCAGGGAACCCGGCAACUUGUGCGACCCUGGUCUUCAGAUGCUGCACCUAUCAAACUGCUUGGAUGUUCAUGCUUGGCCUGCUGAGAAUGUCCUCCAUGUGUGCGACAGCAGCCACAACGACGACGACGACGACGGCACAUUGUAG